AUGGCUGACAGCAAGGCCAAGCCCGCCAAAGCCGCCAACAGGACACCGCCCAAGUCCCCAGGGGACCCCGCGAAGGACAAGGCGGCCAAGAGGCUGUCCCUGGAGUCAGAGGGGGCCAACGAGGGGGCGGCCGCAGCGGCGCCUGAGCUCAGUGCCCUGGAGGAGGCCUUCCGGCGGUUUGCGGUGCAUGGGGACACCAGGGCCACCGGGAGGGAGAUGCACGGCAAGAACUGGUCGAAGCUGUGCAAGGACUGCCAGGUGAUCGACGGCAAGAACGUGACCGUCACCGAUGUGGACAUCGUCUUCAGCAAGAUCAAGGGGAAGUCCUGCCGGACCAUCACCUUCGAGCAGUUCCAGGAGGCACUCGAGGAGCUCGCCAAGAAGCGCUUCAAGGACAAGAGCAGCGAGGAGGCUGUGCGCGAGGUGCACCGGCUCAUCGAGGGCCGCGCGCCCGUCAUCUCGGGGGUCACGAAAGCCAUCUCGUCGCCCACCGUGUCUCGGCUCACGGACACGACCAAGUUCACUGGCUCCCACAAGGAGCGCUUCGACCCGUCGGGCAGGGGCAAGGGGAAGGCCGGCCGCGUGGACCUGGUGGACGAGUCGGGCUACGUGCCCGGCUACAAGCAUGCGGGCACCUACGAUCAGAAGGUGCAGGGGGGCAAGUAGCACCGCGGCGGCGCCGAGCUCUGCGACGCUGCAGGGGUCCUCGCCUCCCAUCCCACUUCAUUACAUUCCUGUGCUCACUCGGGCAGGACUCAGACCGGUGCCUUUAGUAGGGCCGAGGCCCAGGUGGCUGUGGGCAGGACGCCUGGGCCUCCCUCCUGCCCAGGGCACCCUGACACUCUUUCUCAGACCCCGAGUUUGGGCCCCAAAUCACUGACCCUUUCUAACACACCUGCCUCGUCCUAAGCUGGAAGUGGAUGGCCGUUUCCAAGUGUCUCUGGGGAUCGACCACACUGGCUGCCUGGUUUGCAAGUGAAAGGGGCGUUUUAAAGGAACUGGUGGGUGUGGGGACAAGUGGGAUGGAUCCUGUCAGAGGCCACACUGACCUCCUGACUGGCAGAUACCUUCCAGAAGCUUUGAGGGCAACAGGAGCUAAUGCACUAACCAACAACACAAAUAAAACGGCAUUAACCCUGAGCAGGACUUGGGCAGUGUCUGUGAGGGCCCCCAGGCCUGUCCUGCACACAGUAGACACCACAGGGCCACCUGUGCCGUGCUGGGCACCCAGCACUGUGCAGGUGCGGGGAGGCAGGUCACACAAGCACACGCUUGCACACGCUCAUGCCUACAUGCACCCACAUGCACACAUGCCCACACCCACCUACAGACCAGGUCUGUGCUAAGGGGGGUUGUGAUAAAAGGAAGGCUGAGGGGACAACAGAAAGCUGCUCAGUUGACCAGAAGGGUGACUUGGAGUGUGAGUUAGGAGGUUUUUAGUUUGCUUUCCUAAGAAGAAACGGCUAUUUCCUGAGUGGGUCCAGGAAGAUUCGGACUGUCCUGUUCCCGUGAAUUACUCUCCACCCGUCCCUGUCUCCAGGUUGGGAGAUGAGAGACGCUGACAUGAGCAGUGGCUCCACCUGCGUGUGAUGGGGGCCUUCUGCCUGGGCAUCUCCCGCUUGCUGGUUCACGCUGGUCGCACCCUGCUCUGCUCAGACUUCCCAUCACUCGCGCCUGUGUGGUGCCUUCAACUCCCUCCCUGAAGCCUCUGUCAUAAAUGGCUUUCCCUACCCUCUCCUGAUCCCUUGGAGUGCAGGACAAAAAACACCAUGAACAGACCUAAGGAAGACCCCCCACAGUGAGUCCUGCAUAGUGUGCUGGGGACAGCUGAGUGUACAGGUGUCAGCAGACAGCCUGCCCAGGACCCUUGCUCAUCCACACCGCGAGGCGCAGCAGGGCCACCUGUCCUCACAUGACUGUUGGCACCUGCGUGAGAACCGGGUGCUCCUGCUGCAUCCCAGGGAGGCCCAUCAGCGAGGGCACCCACUGUCACAGUGAUCCAUGGAAACCUGUCCCUUUGCGUGAGAGCAGCCAUAGCCUUGCAUGUGACCUGCUGUGCCGUGUGUUCUGGAUUUCAUCUUGGGAAGAGCCCACGGCAGCUUCAAGGAAGUGCCUCCCAAGAUCCUGUUUGUUCCUGGCCACAGCCUGACUGUCCAGGGCAGGUGGCACAGGUAUACAGCGAGGCCCCCUCCCUCGCUGCCAUGGCAUGCCAACAUGCCUUCUGCCUCCCCUGAGCCCAGAAAGUGCACCCAGUCAUGGCCACAGCCCCAUGGAAGGCCAGCCACCUGCCUGAGCACAGCAGGAGCCCCAGGGCCAGAGCUCCCAGUGACAUGGUCCUCUGAGGGCUGGGGGUCUCAACCAGGCCCCUCAACAGGGAGGCCUCAACUCAAGCAUGGUGCUGGCCCGGCAAGCAGCUUCUCUCUGAGGCUCUGGGAGUUCAUGGUACCUGGCAUUAAAGACUGAGAAAUAUUGGAUCUCAGGCUUUGAGACUCCCUUUUAGGACGUCAUUUCGCUGGGCUGGGGAAAGGCAGUCAGGAUGUCUGACCCCAGUCCUGGGCUUUUCACUUCCCCCAGGCUGGAGUUUUGUGUGAAACCUAAAGGCAAAAGUAGCAUGUGAGAAACAUUUGAAAACAAUUAUAAACAUGCAAACUGUUUAAUCUGAUCACAGCCAAAAAGCCCUUGUGUUCAAAAUGCCAAAUGACUUUUGUUUGUGGUCACUAAACAGGGCUCCUCCCAGGUCCAGAAUCCAGAAACCUGGAAGGACUUCCCCCCCACACAGCCUACCGGGGUUCCUGCCUUCUCUGGCACCCCUGGUCCCAGAGAGGCACUGCCGUGGGCUGCCCGUCUCUGGUCUGAGGCUGCUUUUCUCCUUUUCUUCUGCCCGUGAACCACGCAGUCUCCAUCAUCACAGCCGAGCUGCACAGAAUGGAUGAGUCCAGCAGGACCUCAGCUGCUAGAGCCGAAUGCACCCAGUCAAUGCAGAAGGCAGCGUCCGGACGUUCCCACGCCGUGCAUCAGCAGUGGAUGCUCCCCUAGGCCCCACUGUCCUCUGCAGGGAUGCAGGACACUGAAGAGAGCAGUAACCAAUCACCAGGACAUUGUCUCCUGUUCAUUGAGUUGUCCCAAACGAUCUCCAAACCAAGUCCAGGGCCAGUCUGCCCCAGAAGUACACUAGGAAAUUGGAUCUACUCGGAAGAAACAACACAAAGGCCCGUCCUCAGGGACCACCUAACCUCCUAGGGAGGAGGCACCUGUCACAGACGGUCACCUCAGCCACAUGGUCAGCAUAUUCCUCACAGCAGUUCCUCCCCAGAACUGAAUGCAGCAGCCCAGAGCAGCAGGUCCGGGCCUGUGGAGUGCCAGCACCACCCAUCUCAGGCCCCCGGAGGUGAGCUCCUUGACAAGAAAUGAUCCUUUCACUUCAAAUCUUUGGGUUUUGUGAAUAAAAAUUGAGUGCAGUCACCCCGCCUUGUUGGCCCUUCCCGUCCUAGACUGGAGUGACCUUGGGCUCCUGCAGGGAGAGCCCCACGCCCCAGACUCUCCCUCCACACGGCUCCCAGGGGUGGUGCCUGGCCCAUGGUAUCACGGCAGAUAAGCAGUUCUCAUUGCAUCCCUGCCCAUCCCCAACCGGUCCCGAGGUUUCCACAGACACACACGGGCCAGGACAGUAUCCUCCUCUAGUCAGAUUCAAAGUAUAGCUUUGAAAACAACCCUCCCCUCCCAUCUAUGAUACCUAGCAAGAAAGGGGUAGUAAAAAUUAAGUCACAAGGACUUAAUGGUAACCAUUCUAUCAGUUUAAAAUCGGUGAACUCAUCAUUCCAUCUGUGUGUAGCCUUUGAACACAGAACAUCUGCUUGGAUUCCAACUGUACUGAACAAAACAUACACACACAUUUGCCUCAGUUUCUGAAUAUUGUAAAAGCACGGGCAAUGAGUUUGUCUUUGUUGCAUGUUUUUAUUCAAUGCCAGUUAGCUUCUACUAACAGUGGUUAAAUAGAAAUUAAAUGUCUAUCUGUGAAUAAAAGAAACUGCACAGCAUGCAACCCAAGGACACGAGACACAUUCUGUUGGGACAAGGCCCCCGGGAGACAAGGGCACCCAGGAGACAGGCACAGGUUCUGUCAGGAGUUGACACCCAGGAGACAGGCACAGGUUCUGUCAGGGAGGACGCCCAGGAGACAGGCACAGGUUCUGUCAGGAGUUGACACCCAGGAGACAGGCACAGGUUCUGUCAGGAGUUGACACCCAGGAGACGGGCACAGGUUCUGUCAGGGAGGACGCCCAGGAGACAGGCACAGGUUCUGUCAGGGAGGACGCCCAGGAGACAGGCACAGGUUCUGUCAGGGAGGACGCCCAGGAGACAGGCACAGGUUCUGUCAGUUGACACCCAGGAGACAGGCACAGGUUCUGUCAGGGAGGACACCCAGGAGACGGGCACAGGUUCUGGUUCUGUCAGGGAGGACACCCAGGAGACGGGCACAGGUUCUGUCAGGAGUUGACACCCAGGAGACAGGCAGAGGUUCUGUCAGGAGUUGACACCCAGGAGACAGGCACAGGUUCUGUCAGGAGUUGACACCCAGGAGACGGGCACAGGUUCUGUCAGGAGUUGACACCCAGGAGACAGGCACAGGUUCUGUCAGGGAGGACACCCAGGAGAUGGGCACAGGUUCUGUCAGGAGUUGACACCCAGGAGACAGGCACAGGUUCUGUCAGGGAGGACGCCCAGGAGACAGGCACAGGUUGUCAGGAGUUGACACCCAGGAGACAGGCACAGGUUCUGUCAGUUGACACCCAGGAGACAGGCACAGGUUCUGUCAGGAGUUGACACCCAGGAGACGGGCACAGGUUCUGUCAGGGAGGACGCCCAGGAGACAGGCACAGGUUCUGUCAGGGAGGACACCCAGGAGACAGGCACAGGUUCUGUCAGUUGACACCCAGGAGACAGGCACAGGUUCUGUCAGGGAGGACGCCCAGGAGACAGGUACAGGUUCUGUCAGGAGUUGACACCCAGGAGACAGGCACAGGUUCUGUCAGGAGUUGACACCCAGGAGACAGGCACAGGUUCUGUCAGGAGUUGACACCCAGGAGACAGGCACAGGUUCUGUCAGGGAGGACGCCCAGGAGACGGGCACAGGUUCUGUCAGGAGUUGACACCCAGGAGACGGGCACAGGUUCUGUCAGGGAGGACGCCCAGGAGACGGGCACAGGUUCUGUCAGGGAGGACGCCCAGGAGACGGGCACAGGUUCUGUCAGGGAGGACGUCCAGGAGACGGGCACAGGUUCUGUCAGGGAGGACGCCCAGGAGACGGGCACAGGUUCUGUCAGGAGUUGACACCCAGGAGACGGGCACAGGUUCCGUCAGGGAGGACGCCCAGGAGACGGGCACAGGUUCUGUCAGGGAGGACACCCAGGAGACAGGCACAGGUUCUGUCAGGGAGGACGCCCAGGAGACAAGCACAGGUUCUGUCAGGGAGGACAGUGGUGAUGGUACCUAAGCAUCAGGAGAGAAGGGUAGGAGUGUUUGAGAUCAUUGCUUGAGAUCACAAUACUUAUUUAUUUCUAUUUAAUGCUAUAGGAUAAGCAACUAGGUAGAGGUCAAUAACAGCUUUAAAGUUCAAAUUAUAUGUUUAAAGUAUUAUAGCAAAAAACAUAUUUUUAUUAGACUAUUUUACACCUUUUAAUAUCCCCAGUCUUAAAUUUAGGGGCAGAUAAGUAUUACAGCAGAUGCCAGUAUUUGAGAAAAGAUACAUGUAGGAGUUCAAUUGCAUAGUUCCCUUUCACCUCCCCACCUCUGCGUGCCAGUGGCUGACAGAUCAGGGCAGGCCAUGGGCAGCCCAGGAUAUGGGCUCACUCCCUCCCUCCCCACAGCUCUGGGCUGCUACAGCCACCUGUUUUUGUGGAUAAAGUUUUAUUGGCACAUGGGCACACCGUUUACAUAUUGUCUGUAACUGCUUUUGCACAAAAACUGGAGUGGGAGGAGUUGAGACAGGGAUGCCAUGGCCCUCAACACCUAAAAUAUUUUUAAUUUAUCCCUUUAUGGAAAAGUCCUGCUCAUUUCCUCCUGCAGGUGACUGUACAUGUCCUGUAGCACAUGCCACAUGGGGACACCUGGUUGUCGCCUGUUUAAUACAGCACAGGUUGACAAUUCAACUGUACUGUGAAGUUAUCCAUAGGCUAGAAUGUCCUUCAGACACUGAACCUGAAUAUCCUUCUCCACUGACUUAUUCCUGAACACUGUGUGAACUCUGGUGGGUCAGGGAUGUAGCCUUUGUCCACAGAUGUGUGGUGGGGAGUCAUGACAGGCACUUUGAGAUGCUUCAGUUAAGUCUCUUCCUUUACACCUCUUAAAAAACUAAACCAAGCCAAACAACAAAGGAAACCUGCACAACUUAAAAGAAACUUGAAAGGGAUAAAAUACUACUAGUUUGUACUAAGUUUUUUUCAAGAAAGGGAAACAAAUUUAUAUAUAUAUAUAUAUAUAUAUGCAAUAUAUUUUUACACUGUUUUAUUAAUGUUAGGGGGUAUUGAGCGUAUCACUUUAUUAGCGCAAUAGGUAAUGUCAAUGUCAUGGGUGUUCCGACUCAGAGAGGCACUUCUGCUGAUGUCUAAACCACACUCACCAGGAACGUCCGUGGGGUCAGGGAGGCCCUGCUGCCCCUCCCAAGAGCGCGGUGUCACCUGCUGGACUUGCUGUCAAAGCCUAGCUUGCAAACCUUCAGUGAAAGAGCUCGUGUCUGCAUAUCGCUCCUUGUGUAUUUCAUGUUGUUAACAUUGUGUGUCA